CAUCAUAAAGUACAUAUUAAAGUGUCCGUAUUUUAGAAGAAAAUAUAAAUCUAUGAUUUAUAUACAUUUUAGUUCCCUUAUAUUCCGAAUGGCGGCGCUGUCUUACACUUUAAAGACUUAUGGCUGAAUAGUUGCAUUUAAACGCCAUGUUAUCUAGACGUUCACUCAAAUUAAAAUAGUACUCUCCUGUAUCAAAUCUGCACGGAUUCAAUACUGCAUGUUGUUGUUAUUGGAACUAAUCACCUUUUAGUAGAAUAACUGUUGAAUCAAAUUAAAAUGCAGUGCAACUACAAUCUGACGAUAAUUCUCUUGGGAUUUCAACUCAUCUGUUUAUCUGCCAUAGCCAAAAGUGAAUUGAAAAUCCAGCCUUUCUUUUUCCCAGUUGAGUCAGUGAUUGGGAAAAGAGUGAGCGCUACCUGCACUCCAUCUACCGGAGAGAAAAUGAGAUUCAAGUGGUUGAAGGACGGCAAAGAAAUCACUCAAAAGAAAAAUGUGAACAUCUUGAGCUAUCCAGAACUGUCCAAUAUUGUCAUAAAUCCUCUUUCUGAAGAUGAUGAUGGCAACUACACAUGCGUUGUCAGUGCCAGAGGACUUUCUGGAAGUUAUACCACUCCACUGAAUGUUUUAGUGUCUCCUUCGUGGAAAAUUACUCCUCAAGAUUACGAUGCAGUCAGCGGAGAAUCGAUUAUGUUACAUUGCAAAGGAUCCGGAAAACCCGAACCUUUCUCAUUUUGGCAACGCGCAAUUAGUCAAAAUGUUGCUUUUGCACCGAUAUCUGUGUCCAAAGACGUAACCCUAUUUAAUAAUGGAAGCUUGUUAUUGUCUGACAUAUCGAAGGCGACGGAGGGGAUUUACAAGUGUAAUGUUUCCAAUGGAAUCGGAAAGGAUCUUAUAAAGUCUAUUAUUGUGAAAGUCACUGGUAUGUCUGGUUUAAUCAUUCUUGCAUGUAGACGAUAUAGAUGCGUUACUACUAAUCUUCAAACCCAAUCUCAUCUAUUUUUUCUAAAAUUAGUAAAAAUGUUUCGAUGCAACUUUUUUCUAUCGUUUGUGUUGCACUCAGUUUUCUCUGCAAUUGCAUUUGAUUCAUGGAAGAUCCAACCGUUCAACUUUCCAAGCAGUGCAAUGGUUGGCGAACGUGUGUCAACCGUGUGUUCUACUUCAGGAGGAAAAAGAUUGAAAUUCGAGUGGUUGAAAGAUGGCAAAAAAUUGACCGAACAGCGAAAUAUUAAAAUUUUAUCUGUUUCUGAUGUUUCCACUCUUAUUAUUGAUCACGUAUCCGAAACAGAUUCCGGUAAUUACACCUGCCAAGUUAUUUCUGAAACAAAAUCCGAAAAAUUUGUUUCCGAGUUGGUUGUAAGAGUUCCACCAGAAUGGUUGAUUAUUCCGACUGAUAAAGAUAUUCUGGAGGGUGAAAUGGUUAUAAUACCCUGUUCUGCAAACGGGAAUCCAAAACCAUCCAUAAUUUGGAAAAAGCGGAACGGUAAUAACAUUUUUACGUUGUAUUAUUUUUCACACCUUACAAAACUAUACAAAUACUUCAUGUAACGUAAUUUCAAAUAACAAAAUCAACGGGGUGAAUUUACUUUUUUAACGAGAACGUGCAUGCCAAAAUGUUUGCUCAAAAUUUGCUGUAACUAGAUUUUGUUGUUCUCUAAUCUGUCCUUUUUUUGCUCUAAAAAUUUAAAAUAAAAAUAUCGUUUACAUUUUACUAUGUUCCUUACAUGUAGUGCAAAAAACCUAACCAAAGUACGUUUUUUUCACCAAUGUAUUCUUC